AUGGAGACACAUCCGAUCCGAGCAGCGAGCACUGCACGGCCGACGAGUCCAGCUCACACCGACUCCGACAAGAAGUCGCCUUGCUUCAUGGAUUACGGCUCACUAGGCACCAGUACGCAGCGCGACAACCUGCUGAUCCGAAGAUCCAUGCACUGCGGCCCUCAACACUGUCACAUGAAAAAGAUACCCCUACUGAGUACAAGCAAACCGGCUUGCGAUCUAAGCCGAGCUAUUGCCCAAUAUCUGGAGAAACUGGCUCGCAUAGCUUGCGAUCUAAGCCGAGCUAUCGCCCAAUAUCUGGAGAAACUGGCUCGCAUAGCUUGCGAUCUAAGCCGAGCUAAGCCGGCCAAUAUCUGGAGAAGCCGGCCAAUAUCUGGAGAAACUGGCUCGCAUAGCUUGCGAGGCUUGGAAGCUGGAAUUGGCCGGCUCGAAACUAGCUGA